AGAAUUCGCGUUACUGCAAGAUUUGCGUUGAGCCCAUUCGCGGCACACGUGUUUGUUGUUCUCAUUCGUCACGUGCGACGGAAUUACCCACAAUUCAUUUCGGCGAAGGAACAACAAUGACGGGUACCUGGACGAUGUCUUAGUUUUUAAUAUCAUUUUUGAUCCAGCGUUUGCCAUAUUAUUUCAGGCCAUUGUAAAUAGUGUACCAUGCAAAGACCUGGCAAUGUUGGUGGACCAGGGGGAGGAAUGUGGCCAGAAGGUGUGCCCAACUUUAAUUUACCCCCAGGACAAUUGCAUUUGAACAGACUUGCACAAACUGCUGGGAUUAUUUCCCAAGACGAUCCCACAUCCAUGUAUUCCCUCACCAAUCCUGCUUCGACAACAAUAAAUAACCACUCACAAACAUCUUGGAGUGGUGUCUCUAACUAUUCUAAUUCUGCUGGUACAAAAUUGUGGAACAUUGACAAUGGAAAUUCAACAGGUGGAACUUCUGAUCGAGCUUCAUUACUAGGUACAAAGCAAUGGGGCAGAGAAUCAGGUGGCGCUCCAUGGGGCCAACCAAGUCCAACAGAAAAAACUCCAUCAAAUAAUCCAUCUUUACCAAUGACCUCUUCAGCAAAUUUACUUACAGGCAGCUUCAGUACAUCAGACUCUGGAAGUAAUCCUAUCGGCUUGGCAACACACUCGUCUGCUGCAUUGGGAUUCAACAUUGCUGAUUAUGUACUUGGUGGUUCUGUAGGUGAUACAUCCAGCUUGAUGAACCAGUCUGCUUUUGCGUCUGCUCUGGUAACUAGUGGUGGCAACAACAAUGGUGCUUCAAACCCAGUUUCUGGCCAAAUGGGAAAGAUACAAGGAGUUAGUUCCGAGCAGAAAACAUCCAGUUCAGAGAGCACAAGAACUGGAAGUAGCCGUGACAAUUCUCCAACAGAGGAUGAACUUAAAGCACACAGGCUGUCUGCAAAUCAACAGCAAUUACAAUCAAUCUUGGCUCAAACAGUUCCUUCGGCUGUUUCCAGUAGUGCAACAGUACAAGUAACUGCAAGCAGUUCUCAGCUUACUGAUCAGGCUCCUCAGAGUCAGAAUUCAGAUUCACCUGAAAAUGCAUCUGCUGGUGGAAGUAUAGCACCAGUCACUAGUUCAUCUGACAAUACCGGAACCACGGAACAGCCACAAAUGAGCACAUUUCCUGUUGCUGGUGAUGUUGAGUUUGGUCAGUCAGAAGGUCAAUCUGCGAACACAUCUAUUGAUGGAGUUUUGCAACAACAGAUGAGUCAACUCAAUUUGGAUUAUAACGCUCAACAACAAUCACUGGCUGUUCAACUUGCAAUGCAGCAGCAAUACUUUCUCGCUCAGCAGCAACAACUUGCUGCAAUGCCAGGAGUGUUUUUACCAAAUCCUUAUGUCAUUGCUGCACCUAAUGCAGGGGCUUUUCCGGAUCCAGCUACGGCAGGACAAUUUCCAAUGAUGCCACAAUAUCCGGCGUACGCUGCAUGGCCCAAUGUUGCAUAUCCUCCAAUGAUAACCCCACAAAUUGCUGCCACCGCAGCUGCUUCCCAACUAAGCUCGAGUCCAAAUCCCACCAAUUCAACUAGAGCCACACAAGCUGAGGCAAUGACCCAAAGAUCGGGCACCCCGUCUGCGCCUCAAGCAGAAAGUGGAGAUAUACAGUCUGGGGCUCAACCUCCUAUUUAUCAAGAUAUGUUGACCAGUGCGGCUUUGGCAGGACAAGGAAUAAAUCCUGCUAUGGCUAUGUCUGGUUCUGGAUAUCAGAUGAUCCCAACUGCGUAUUAUGAUCAGACGGGAGCCCUUAUUGUCAACAAUGGAAGAUAUAACAGCGGUCCUGUUCGUUUGUUUGCUCCUGGAGUUGCUGGCCCAAUGUUUAUGAAUGGAUCUCAACACAGUCAGACGCCUGGUGCAUUGUACACAAGUCCAACAAUAAGUGGUGGGAGUACUCCUGUGCCUGCCCCUGGUCAUGGAGCUUACACACCGGUUGGACCACAUGGUGGAUUAGGUACCUUUGGUGGACUGGGUGGCUUGGGAUCAUUAGGAUCAACUAUGGGAAGUCAGAGUUCCACUCCCCAACGAAGAGACUCAUUUUCGGAAUACGCUAAGCAUCCGUACAGCGGCCCAAUGUCACAAUUCUAUAACUCAUUUGGAAUGUCACCUGGCAGCACCGGCAUGGGAAUCGGGGCCAUCUCUCCAUCUCCUGGACCUCUGGGAGGAAUGGUGGGCACUGCCCACAGUCAUCAUAGUAUGAGUCCACCACCAUUGUCAUCGCCAAGUGGUUUUCUGGGGAGCAAUAGGAUGUUUUCUGCUGCACCAGGUGCGGAAGCAAAGUUUCGGAAUGGAUCCAUGAUGUCUUCUAAUAUUUUUGGAAGUUCUGGCAGCUCCUUGUUUCCACCUACAAGAAUAAGACCCGUUUCGGCUAAAGAUAUGUUUAUGGCACAAGGUCGUAGUCGAUUGCUGGAUGAUUUCAGAAAUAAUCGUUUUCCUAAUCCUCAACUGAGAGAUCUCGCUAACCACAUUGUCGAAUUUUCAAGGGAUCAGCACGGUUCAAGGUUUAUUCAACAGAAAUUGGAACGCGCAACACCUCAAGAAAAACAAAUGGUUUUCAAUGAAAUCGCAAGAGCCGCUUACCAGUUGAUGACUGACGUAUUUGGCAAUUAUGUCAUUCAGAAGUUUUUUGAAUUUGGUUCACAGGAACAGAAGCUUGCACUUGCAAAAUGUAUCAGGGGUCAUGUACUACCUCUUGCUCUACAAAUGUACGGCUGCCGAGUUAUCCAGAAAGCAUUGGAAUGUAUUCCACAAGAAGAGCAGGUUGAAAUUGUCAAGGAGCUUGAUGGUCAUUUAGUAAAAUGUGUGAAAGAUCAGAAUGGAAAUCAUGUCGUUCAAAAGUGUAUAGAAUGCGUGCAACCCGCCCACCUACAGUUCAUAAUCGAUGCAUUCAAAGGGCAGGUAAUCUUGUUAUCUAUGCAUCCUUAUGGAUGUCGUGUGAUGCAGAGAAUCCUGGAACAUUGUGCUGUAGAACAAACUGUUCCAAUUUUAGAAGAACUACAUCAACAUGCUGAGACAUUAGUCAUUGAUCAGUAUGGGAAUUACGUUAUUCAACAUAUACUUGAACAUGGACGACCGGAAAAUAAAAGCAAAAUAGUGUUAGGACUCACUGGCAAAGUUCUGAAGUUGAGUCAACACAAGUUUGCAAGUAAUGUAGUCGAGAAAUGUGUGAGUCACUCAUCACGGCUAGAACGAGCAAUGUUGAUUGAGGAAGCUUGUCAGGAACAUGAUGCUUUGGUGAUCAUGAUGAAGGAUCAAUUUGCGAAUUAUGUCGUUCAGAAAAUGCUAGAUGUUGCUGAAAUUCCACAACGAAAUUUGCUGAUAAACAAGAUUCGUCCACACAUGGCCCAACUGAGAAAAUUUACCUACGGCAAACACAUAAUUGCGAAACUUGAGAAAUUUCUCAUGAAGAGCACAUCCUCUCCGCCUGGAUCUGUUUCAACAACGCUUUCUCCGAGUCUGGGGGCACCAACAGUUGUUUUGCCUCGGGACAUUAGCGGCAAUGUUAUGCCUUCAAACCAAUAAUAAUAAAUAACGUUGUAUUAUCGCUCGCUUUCGAGCGGAAUCAUGUUUUUGUUUUCAUCGUAAUUUACUAUAAUGUCUAUAGAGUGCUGUGUAAAUAUCAUGUUGAUGAAACUCUACAGAUGAUGAUAUAUCGAACAAUUUUUAUCUUGUAUAUAAUGACAAACAUGGCUUUUAGGUGUAAAAUGGUAAAUUGAGCGUCUAAUCAACCCAUUCUAUAUGUGUUCUGUACAGAGUAUUAACGACCUUUCAGAUGACGAUAUUGUUUUUGUAAAUUAUCACUUCCCUUGUCUAUAUGCAUUCUGAAAUAUUAUUAGAAUGCUGAAUAAGUUUAACGUGUGUUUCAGUUUUUUACAUAUAAAAACACCUCGUUUUUGUAAUAUACUUCCAGCUACUCAGUCACUUAUAACAAAACAACAAUACAGUUUGUUAACGAAGUGUCCAACUAAAUUUGAAUAUUUUUCGAUAUAAAUCUUGAACAAGGUCUAAAAUUUGUUUCGUGGAAGUGUGGAACGGAAUCUAAAUAACAUAUGGAUGAAAAUACUCAUUAAUUUUUUCAAUGUGUCCACCUUGUGAUUUGUUAAUGUUAUAAUCUCAUUGUUUAAAAAUUUAUGAAAUGUUAUGAAAAACAGCAAUGAAGCGGUGUGAACUACUCUUCAUUCAAAUUUAUCACUGAAAUCUUUGCGAGGCGUGCUAAUGCACCUCGUGAAUUUGAUGAUAACUUUAAGCUAUAGCCAAAGGUAGGCUAUUUAUAUCAUGGACUACAAAAUAUGUCCUGAUAAAGAAGUUUGAUUUAUGCUCUUAAUUGUUCAUAAUGUAUAUGGUUGAAUUUUGAUUGUGUUAUAUUAAUUCCUGGCAAAGAUGACGCCAGAUCUUCUUAGUACUUUGAUUUGCUUUAAAAACUAAUUUUUGUUCAUCUAUGACAGUGUAUGUUAGCUUUCUCCCUUUUACUAAGUACAAAAUGUAUUCUUCUUUCCUGUUGUAAAAUAGCGAUUUCUCUCAAAUGCCUGAAAAUUUUUCCGUGCCAUGGCAAAGGGGCCCUGUAUAUAAGAAGCAUAAAAGCAUUGCUGAAUUAUGAUAAAACGAGCGAUCACUUUGAAUGAAUUUUGAUUGUAAAUAUUAUGCGAAUCUUUGUUGUGUUUACGCUCUGAACGUUGAUUUUUUAACAUAUUAAAGUGCCUUAGUCAUAUUCACGCUCAGAUUUUUUCAUUUUGUAAGAUGUAAAUUUACAUGAUUUAUGCGGUAUGUUUAUAGUACUACAACUCAGUGACGCUUAACCAUCCUGCCUCAAUUGCAAGAGUAUCCUGUACUGAGGUUCAGGAUGUCUUGCGGCAGUGUAAAUUUGUUAAUAUUGUCCAUAGGUAAGUAAAUAGUACAAACGUGCGAUGUGAAUAGUGUAUAAAGAAUGUAAAAGAGUGUACAGUAUCUAUUUUUUGAAUGCGAUCGCCGUUGUACAUUUAUUCCCAUCUAGCUUUUUAUUGAAGUGCAGAUUUGUGACAUUGCUCUUAUAUAGUAUUAGCUGCAAUGUGUUUUAUCAACUAGCUUGUUUCACCUAUUAGGAACCAACAUGUCCAAAUGGUGGUAAAGUUUAUUAGGUCAUGGGACCUGCUUUUGAACUUCGUAUCCACUUGUAAAGACGUUGCAAACAGGGCUUUUUCUCUCUGAUACGGGGCCAAAUGGCUGUAUGCCUGUAAAUACUUUUAUUUACCCUAUUUUUGUUUCCAAGUAAUUGUAAAUACUAAUGAAUAUUUUAAGUAUACUAUCAUGUCUCACUUGGAUAUCCUUUACCCACUAUUGUCCCGGUACUCACUUGGUCGGUUGUUUACUUUCGUCAUCUGCUCUUAUUUUACAAACUUCCAGGAAAGUUCUUUUCAUCCAAUCUUUUAAAAAGUAUUUUCUCUCUACCUUGUUAAAUAUGUAUCGGUAAAGUUCAUCCAGUGUACAUAUCUUUUUCCAUUUUUCUUCACUUUGCAUUACGAUUACAAUUUGGUCUGAAAUUUGCAGUGGUAGGUAAUGGUUGUAAAGAAAAUAUUAUAUCUCUCUUCGUUUAAACGAGUUGGGUGCAGGCUGAUUUUCUAAUGUUCAAAUUUGAAAAAUAGUAUAAUAUUUGAAGAGUUUUGAAUCUCAGAACAUGUCCCUGUUUUUUUCAUGAUCGAAUCUAUCACUUUUUAGUUGAUUUAUAUAUCUUGAAAAUUAUUGAGUGAAAAUAAGUUUAUUGGCGAUUUUCAGACAAAGUGUGUCGUUUUGUUGUACAGUAAAUUAGUCCUUUGACGAAGCAAGUCUAUACUUUUUAACUUAUGCUUCUCUAUAUUACUGCUUAAUAUUGUACAGGUUCGAGUUGAAUAAAUUGGUAUGUUGUUGAUUGGCAAUAAAUCUAUUUGUGUACAAUGUACAUGA